AUGCCAUCUGUCGUCGCCAAAUCUAGCAUGGCAUCCUCGAAAGACGCUCUCUCCAAGCGCCGACGCUUCCAGCCCUCAAUCACAAACUACUUCUCGACUGCACCCUCCGAGCCAUACCACUCCGAUGGCCACACCGUUUCGCACAAUCACUAUGCUGCCGCCACGUUCUCUGCCACUCCGGUAGUUCCUUCGACAGUGCAAUCGUCACUCCUCUCGGUCGGAAUGCGGGUCCGCAAGUCUGUAGCGGACGGAUACAAGACGCAGGAGGCGAUGGAAAAAGAGAAAGCUUUUGCGAUCCCAGCUGUCGCCGAAACUUCAACUGCCCAGCCAUAUUUGAGUGGUACUAGGUCUGCUGAAUUGGCACCUUUCUCCGGAACUUUCAAAUUGUAUGAACCGUCGACUUCCUGCGGACAUCUCAUCACCGACGACGGAGACGCCUUUUCCCUCCCACCUAGCAGCCAAGAAUCCGUCCAGACAACAAACUCGUUCAGCACCAUGAACCAUCAGAAGCGGACAUUUGAUUCGGAUGACGUAUUCGCCGACUCAGGCGAUGAGGCUAAUGAUGGCCCACGGGAAACCCCUCUUGGACGCCACAUCCUAGCCCCAGGCCUCGGACCGCAACGACGUCGUAUGCUUGCCGCGCAGCGGAUGAGCAGCCAGGCCACCAUGGAUCUGGACGACUUUGAAGAGGCUUCCUUCCUUCGCCGAAGGGAGGAAGUCGAUGCGGACUAUGGCCGCAUGGACUUUGCUUGA